AAGUGCGCCUUUGAAUUGCGGUUUGCUCGAGUUUGUUGGAAAGUUGUUUGAAUGUGGUACAAUAGCAGAAAGCAGCUUCAAAGAUUUUUCGGAUACUCCUAGGUUGUGAUUGUGCCGUUACAUGUAGCUGUCAUCGCAUGGUUGACGAAGAAUUGUUGCCGUUUUGAAAUGGGGGUCAUUUACAACAAAAUACGCUGUAAUUUCAAUAUGGCUGUACGUGAAUACGUCGCACUGGAGUAGCGGGCAUGAUCUCUAUAUAGCAUAACAAGGCUGACUUGCCAGUAAUAUGUUUUCAUCUAAAACUAUGAAGUGUAACUAAAUACAUUGUGCAGCGAAGUUGUUGUGAAAUUAAAUUUGAGAAAUCAAUAAAUGAAGCUCGUUCUAGCAGCAGCAGCUGCUGCUGCAUGUCAGUUAUUUUGCACAGGUAGCUGUUGGCUGGAAAUUACUUUUCUAGCCAACAAUGCGGCGAACUUGGCGAAAUAGAAUCAAGAUUACUGAACUCAACGCCAAUUUGGUAUGUGUGCUUUGCGGAGGAUAUUACAUAGAUGCUACAACCAUCAUCGAAUGUUUACAUUCAUUUUGCAAGUCUUGCAUUGUCCGUUACCUGGAAGCAAAUAAAUAUUGCCCAAUAUGUGAUGUUCAGGUUCAUAAAACACGACCUCUUCAAAAUAUUCGCUCAGAUGCUACUUUACAGCAUUUGGUUUACAAAUUGGUGCCCGGAUUAUAUCAGAAUGAAAUGCUACGGCGUCGUCAGUUCUACAGUGUGCAUACAGAUUCAAAGCCAGAACUUCCUGAGCAGAGAGGUGAAAUAAAAAAUGACUCCAUUUUUUAUUCUCCUGAUGAAUAUGUGAAAAUAUCAUUGCAGUAUCACAGCACUUUUGACGGCGAGGGUAGCUGUGCAGAUUUACAGCCAGUGAAGCGUUACCUGAGGUGCCCAGCUGCAGUAACGGUGCGUCAUUUACAGAAGCUGAUAAGAGCAAAAUUUGGGCUAAGGGAAGAACAUAUCGUUGAAAUUUUGUACCUAAAUGAACCCCUUGAUGAAGAUUUUACACUGAUGGAUGUUGCUUAUAUCCAUAACUGGUGCAGAAAGGGCCUGAUGAAUUUGAGAUAUCGAAUUUUUGAAAGCUGUGCUAAGAGGUUGAAAAUAGAUUAUGGUCUGCAAGUAGAAAAAGAAGAUAGCAAAGAACUAGAUUUAGUUUGUGAUGAUGAACAAAAUGGUACCAAAGAUAAUUUGCAAAACAAAGAUGCGGAAUGUGAGUUUUCUUCUUUCAGCCAACCACCUAAUAAUUUGGUGGAAUGUGAGGACACUUCAAAUGGUGAUGUGCUGCAGAAAAGUGAUGUAUCCAGUUGGAAGGAAGUGCAGAUACAAAUAAGUGAAAGUGGUGUAAUGAGUAUCACAGAUAUCACUUCAGGCAACCAGGAGUUGUCAUUAGAAAACAUUGUGUCUACAUUGAAAACAAGUGAUGAUGUUUUGGUGAAUUCAGUUGAGGUUUUCUUCUCGGAAAGCUAUGGACCAGUGGUUAAUGGUUCAGGAGAUACUAAUAACCAGAGUGAUAAAAAUUUGUUGUGUAAAAGAGUUCCAGACAAUUCAGGUUCUUCAGAAAUAGGAUCUCUGGUUGACACAACAUUUGCAACUUCCAAUUUACUCCUCCCUGGCUUAGCAGAACCUCAGUAUCUUCAGAAAACCCUUGAUUUAAAGGAAGAUGUCAGUGAUAGAAAAGAGGUUACUAAGUUCUGUGAUUCACCAGUUAUAACAGAUAACAAAAAAUCAGAUGCUGGUGUAGGUCUUGUGUCACUUCCUGAAUCACAUUCCUCUCUGGACUACAACUAUAGCAUUGACAACUCAGUUUAUCAGGCUGUGCCACAUUCAGAAAGUUUUCACACGCACUGCUUAUUACAAAAAGAUACAUACUCUAAGCAGGAAAAGUCUAUUAAGGAUCAAAUUCUGAAGGGACAUGAGAAGCAAAAUUUUGCUACCCCCACAGUGAUGUGCAGCUCAAGAAGAAGUACAUAUGCAAAUUCUCCUGUUGGAUAUAAGACACUGAAAACUCCACCAAAAAGUUGGAAUCCUAGUCUUUCACGUCUUAGUUAUCUUUCCUCCAAGACGAAUUCUUUGUUUCAAGAAAGAAGUGACCCCAUUAAAAAAACAGAUUCCAUGAAUGCUACAUCACCAGAUGUCUUACAGUCUUCUCAGUGCUCAGAUAAGUUAUUGAAAGAAGUUGGUGGCAGUAACAAUACAACUGUAGCAAAACCACCACGCUUUUUUAAAAUGCGCAAUAUGCCUCGAUUUUUGGGAAAUCCAGCUUCUGGUGUUAAACGUAUGUUUCAGGUUGUGUCACCUGGUGGCCAGAAAAAUGAUGGUAUGAGAACCCCCUACUUGAGUCAGCUUCCAACUAAACAAAAUAACAUACAGCUUGUCAAAUUGAACAGCAAACCGCCAAAUCAGCCAUUUACAGGUAAAAAUGGUUCUCCUCCUUUCACUCUUUCACCAUCUACAAGGACUCAUGUAGAUUCGAACAAAUUUGUAAUGCCUGGCUUUUCUACUUAUCAGAAGAAUUUGCUACAGUAUUCUGAAUUUCAAAAUGUUUCUCCAAGAAGUGGAAUAGGUUCCAAAAAUAUAUCUCCAAGUGGAACUACCGAUAAACAAAUUAGUUCUGUGAGUGUACCAUGUGCAUCUGAAUCAGUGCCAACAAGUAUGUCUCUAUCAAAGACUCAGAACUCUCAUAUUUCACCCAAUGCAGUACAGCUGCUCUAUGGAAAUUUACCUCCAGUUUCAGCCCCAGUUGCUACUGUAUCAUCUCUCAUUCAGCUUAAUGAUGAUUUUCAUAUGCAGUCUCCUCCUUUAAAACAUUACAGUCCUCUUUCGUCACCUGUUGAUACCUUUGUUAAUCCACGACAUCAGCAGAGGCAAGGUGUUUCAACUUCCAUUGAAAAGGAACAACAAAAUCCAGCACUACAUGGUCAGACUCUUGCUGGAACAGUUGCGCUAGAGGGUCCCCCAGAGACAGAGCAACAACAGAAUAUAAACAAAGAUCUUUCAAUUGCUCACAAUAACAGUAAUGACAGUAAUAGUUGUAGAACUGUGCCAGCUUCCGAUCAGCAUAAACUUUCAGUGAGCAGGAUAAUUGGAACAGUGCAGCCAAAAUUUUCACCCCAAUCUUCUUCCUCAGAAGAUGAUAAGCAGGCAGCUAAAGUCAACACAGAUAGCACAAGAACAGCCCAAAAUUGUGCUGUCUGUGUUAUUGAGGAAACAUACGUUCCACAGGUUUCCAAUUCUACCACUGUUACUGCAGGGAGUGCAGAUACAAUUAACUAUCCUGGAUUAACAGGAAAGUUGCCAGUGUCAGAAAGUAGUUGUACUGAUUCUAAUUCAGAGACUAAUUUGAAAGGAAGGUGUGAUUCAGACCACAUUACUCUUGAUUUACAGUGUGAACAACCUCAAAAUUCAGACACUUCUUGCAGUGGCCUUAGUUCAGGACUUUGUGAUGGUGGUUUAAAAGGUACUGAGAAACCUGUGGAAGUAUUGACUACAAAUAAUAAUACAGAAUUUUUUAAUAAAGAAACUUAUGUACAUUGUGGUGAAAAGGAAAUUAUUCCAAGUGUAUAAUGUGUUUGUCAUUUUUAACAGUUUCUUAUGAACUGUGUUUUUACACAUUGUUGUGCAAUAGAAUGGUUUGUUUGUUUUUGUUACCAUUUUAAAAUUUUGCUGCGGGAUAUUCACAAGUCCAAGUAAUAUAAUUGUGAACACAGAUUGACCUUAUUGCAGAGUGUGUAUUGUACAAAUUAUGUUUUUAACAGGAAAUUUGUUGUUGAGAUUGGAAAUGAAAUUUUAAGAAAUUAUCAUAUUUAAAUUGUUGAGAGAGAAAAGAAACAAGCUAAUGUCUAAAAUGAUAAGAGAUUUAUAGCUCUUAUUGUCUAUUGUUAAUUAAUGAAUACAUAAGUUUGUUGUUUAUUUGAAAAUACUUUACUGAUGCUAAAGUAAAGAUGGUAAUUUUUUAAUAUUGUAUAUCUCAUUACAUUGUGUUCUGCUUCUAAUGAGUGAAGUUUAUAUAUUAACUUUAGCAGAAUAUUUUGUUUUAUGCAGUCAUUCUUAUUUUGAGUGCCUUGGAAACUGGAAUAGAACAUUCAUGUAUUACUCAACAAAGCAAAGUGUGGGCCUGGUCUUUACUUCUACUAUAGUGAUGUAUAAGUAAGAAGGCAGGUGCAUGAUGCAUUGUACUCAGUCAGAGACGGAGAACUCUUUGCAGCAUCACCAGUGUGUUGUCAGGCCUGGUGGUCUAGUGGUAAAAUGAAUAUCUGGAAACUGAAAGGUAACAGUUUCAAAUCCCAGCCAGAGUACAGAAUGUUUCAGUCUCCCUUGAACGUAGCCUUCACCUCUCAGUGAUACUAAGAUUUGCCACAAACAACAUGUUUCAGAUUCCCAAAUAAACUGUAGGUCCCCUUUUCCUGGUAGGCUUACUGAGGUAGAUUAGACACAUGCAGGUUGCUGAAUGUUGUCCAACUGAAAUACUUGCACCAGCCAUUGAUCUGAACAGAUUUUUUUUUUUUUUAUUAUUAUUAUUAUGAUUAUUAUUAUUGUUACUACUAGUAGUAGUAGUAGUAGUAGUAGUAGUGGU